GCUUUUCAAGAUAUCCAUGGAUCCAUGCCUCAUGCCUAUCCCCGGCAGAAAAUCCUAGCUUUAGGAGUCCUAAGGUUUUUAUCCUCAUCCCCAUGUCAGGAGGCCGGUCCCUUGCCAUCGUACAUCAAGGAGGAGGACGGUGGUGCCGUGAUUCUUAGGCCGGCCGGUGGGUUCUCUGCUCUUAGCUUCGGCCUAGCUGGGGUGGGUAACGAUGCUAACGCUGGCUUUCAUCCGCAGCCAAAUCUCCAACAAAAUUGUUGCAGAGGUACUCAGAGAGGGAAAGGAUUUGAGCUUUUCUAGGGAUUUGAUGGAGAGUGUUCUGAACUCAAUGAAAGCAUAGGGAUGGAGCGGUAAGUUUGUUGCCGAUGAUGAGGAUAGAAGGCGGCAGUGUGCUCGAUGAUGAAUCUUAUUUUUUUCAGGAGCUCAAGAAUUAUAUUGGUCACGGCCAUUGAAAUCGGAAGAGAAUGACUGCUUUUUACUAAUUAAAACGGCACCGUUUGGGAUCGGCACACCUUGCUCAUGGUGGGC